AUGGCUUCGGUCUGCCUCACUCUGAAAGCCAAUGCCCUGAGGCGUCGACUUGCUGCCUGGGCUAUCGGGCUUGCAACCAAGGGUGAAGACUACAUUGUCAAGAGGGAGAGCUUCGACAACGUGUACCUGGAUCUGUCAAAACAGCCGGGAAAAUGCAAGCUGGCUGAGAGUGGCCUGGGAUGGCGCCCAUCUGGUGGUGGUGAUACUUUCACUCUGGAUAGCAGCAACAUUGGUGCCGCCCAGUGGAGUCGCGCCGCGAAAGGAUACGAGCUGAGAAUCCUGUCGCGGUCGUCGGGAGUGAUUCAGCUGGAUGGAUUUGACCAAGAGGAUUUCGAGCGGUUGAGCAAGGCUUUCAAAAUCUGGUAUGGCAUCAACGUCGAGACCCGCGAACACGCCCUGCGAGGAUGGAACUGGGGGAAGGCAGAAUUCACCAAGGCCGAGUUGUCUUUCAAUGUUCAGAACCGACCCGCCUUCGAGGUUCCCUACUCAGAAAUCUCCAAUACCAACCUGGCUGGAAAGAACGAGGUGGCGGUGGAGUUUGCCCUCUCUGGCGCUGAUGCGAACGGCGAUGGCCAACCGGCUGGCAGCACAAAGAACAGGGGCCGCAAGGCCGCUGCGGGACCCGAUGAGCUCGUUGAAAUGCGUUUCUACAUUCCUGGCACAGCAGUGAAGAAGGAAAAGACAGAAGGCGCCGAGGGUGCCGAUGGUGAGGAGGAAAACGAGGAAGAGGUGGAGGAGCAGAACGCCGCCAACCUCUUCUACGAGACACUUAUGGACAAGGCCGAGAUCGGCGAUGUGGCCGGCGAUACGUUUGCUACCUUUUUGGAUGUUCUUCACCUUACACCCAGAGGUCGUUUCGAUAUCGACAUGUACGAAUCGUCCUUCCGUCUUCGUGGAAAAACAUACGACUACAAGAUCCAAUACUCCGCCAUCAAAAAGUUCUUCUUGCUUCCUAAGAAUGACGAUACCCACACACUCAUUGUCCUGGGUCUGGACCCCCCACUGCGCCAGGGUCAGACUCGGUACCCGUUCCUGGUUAUGCAGCUGAAGCUGGACGAGGAGAUUAGCCUCGAGCUCAACAUGACAGAGGACCUCCUGCAAUCCCAGUACAAGGAUAAGUUGCAACCACACUACGAAGAGCCAAUUCACCAGGUGGUGACCAAGAUUUUCCGCGGCCUGUCCGGCAAAAAGGUUAUCAUGCCAUCCAAGGACUUUACCAGCCACCACGGUCACCACGGGGUUAAGUGCUCCAUCAAGGCCAACGAGGGUCUGCUUUAUUUCCUGGACAAGAGUCUUAUCUUUGUUCCCAAGCCCGCCACUUAUAUUCAGAUGGAGAACGUUGCCGUGGUCACGAUGUCGCGUGUCGGGGGUGCCGUGUCUGCCAGCCGCACGUUCGAUAUCACGGUCAGCUUGAAGGCUGGUCUCGGCGAGCAUCAGUUCAGCAACAUUAACCGCGAGGAGCAACAACCUCUGGAGGACUUCUUCAAGGCCAAGGGCAUCCGUAUCAAGAACGAGAUGGCGGAGGAUGCCUCGGGCUUGCUCAAGGCCGCUCUUACCAACGACGAUAUGAUGGAAUCGAGUGACGAGGAGGGUGCCCGGGCGGACCGUGGCUCAGCCGAUGAAGACGACGAGUCGCCCGAUGAGGACUUCCACGCAGACUCAGACUCAGAUGUCGCUGAGGAGUUCGACUCGGACCACGAGAGCAGCGGCAGUGGUAGCGACGCGGAGAUGGGCGAUGCCUCGGAUGGCGGAGGUGGCUCCGAUGCGGAGGACACCCGGCCGAAGAAGAAGAGCAAGGUCGGAAAAUGA